AUGAGCCUUCGCCCUUCGCAUGAUGGCUUACGGUUCUUCAAUCGGGCCCCUGUCGUGAGCUCGUCACAACAACCUGCCUGCCUACAUCUGCUGACAAAGCAGGCGUUCUCAUUUGUCACAUAUCGAUUCUACUUUCAUCCGCUGGCCAGGUUUCCCGGGCCUUGGCUGGGGGCUUUCACCGAUUGGUACGCAGCAUUCUAUGCAUGGCGAGGUGACCUACACACAAAGGACUAUGAAUGGCAUGAGAAAUAUGGCGAAAUCGUUCGCUUCGGGCCUAAUUCUCUUUCCUUCAAUACCUCAAAGGCUGUGAGCGAUAUCUACGCUGUCAGAGCCAACGUUCGGAAAUCGAAUGGCUACGCAUCAAUGAGCCCGAGUAGAUAUACCCCAAAUACUCUCACCGCGAUUUCUAAGAACAUGCACACCUUCAAGCGUCGCAUAUUGACGCAGGCAUUUUCGGACCAGAAUAUUAAGGAGAUGGAGGGUCGUAUCCAGCAGAAUAUAUCCAGCUUUCUCGACAUCCUUGCUACGAAUACCGGAUCUGAAUCCGAGUGGAGUUCUCCUAAGGAUAUAUCGCAGAUAUGCGACUGGCUAGCCUUCGACGUAAUCACUGAUUUAAGCUACGGCAACGAUCUUGACAUGUUGAACUCACCUCAAAUGCGUUGGUUCCCAUCUGUGGUUCGGAAAAUAUCCCAGCGAAGUCUAAUAUUGCUGCAUGGGCUUUUUCAACCUUCUUUCAUAAGAAUGAGGCUUGACUUGGUUCUCCUAUCCCAAAAGUACAGGGAAAUACUUGCUGCGGCAAGGUGGACACGCUCUCAGGCAGCUGCACGAAUGGAGAUUGGAAACAAUAAUGAGCAGAAAGACAUAUUCAAUGCAAUGAUGAAUGCAAGAGAUAAAAAGACUGGACUGCAAUUUACUCGAAAAGAUUUAGGCCUUGAGUCCAUGCUUUUGCUUGUUGCAGGUUCUGAUACAACAUCUACUGCUCUUUCUGCCACUUUGAACUACAUCCUUCACGAUUCCAAUAUGCUGGCGCACUUGAAAAGUGUCAUCCGGAUGACGUUCCCGACAGAAUCAUCAAUAACGACAUCUUCUGUUCUUUCGUCUCCGGAUUGCGCUGUCCUGCGCGCCUGUAUCAAUGAAGCAAUGCGACUCACUCCACCUGCACCCAAUCUCCUUCCUCGAACAGUUCUCUCCGGUGGCAUGGAAGUCGAUGGCAUAUAUAUACUGGCGGGAACAACUGUCGGUGUAUCCGCGUAUACCAUACAUCGCAAUAAAACAUAUUUUUACGAUCCUGAUAGCUUUGAGCCAGAAAGGUGGCUUGAUGACAAUGUCGUCAACCAGCAGAAUAUGCAAACGGCAUUUGUUCCAUUUAGCGUGGGACCGAGAAAGUGUGUGGCAUGGAGACUAGCCUGGGCAGAAUUGAAUUUAACAAUAGCAAGAGUGUUGUGGAGGUGUGAGUACAACUUCAAGGCUGGGGUUACGACGGCUGUUAAUGGGCCGGUGAUUGAGUUCAGGCCUAGGAUAGCAUGA